AUGGCCGCCAAAACUCAGCAGAUUCCCCUUGACGAAGCCUUGGGAGGUCUUACACUUGAAAGUCCAUCACCAAGCCCGUCCAACCUCUCACUACCAUCAGAACGGAUGGAAGCAUUUCCAGCAUAUGAAGAAGACGAAGAAGAAUGGGAAGAAUGGAAGCAGUGGAAUGACCAUGUCUCCCCAGCCAAUUUAGACCUGAACCACUGCGCCUGCAUCAUACAUUGCGAGCACACCCUCUGCUACAAAUUCAUCCGCUACAACAAAGCAAGCAAAAGCCUAGCGAAAACCUGCAACUGCAGCACUGCUUCACCCCCCAAGAAAGCCCCGGUGAAUCGAGAAAGGAUAGCCCGCAUAACCGAAGAAGACGUCAACGCCGCUCAAUCUGCCUACAUGGGCACCGACAAAGCCAGACCCAUCACCAUCGACCUGGAGUCGUGCUGUGAAAUCGUACAAAGAAUGCACAACAUCGGUGUUCUGCAGCUCGACAUGCAAUACUGGCACGACUACCUUUUGAGCACGUCUCCCUUCAUCAACCGCGAUUACCACUGGGCCAUGGCGCUUUCCGGGAGCCGGCUCGCGGGCAAAAUCCUGUUCCUGCUCGACAACAUGCUGUAUCAUUUUGACGGGUACACGCACUCGUUUGAGAUUGCGGAACUGGAACGCAUGCUGAAAGACGCCAUGCGCGUAGAGGCGUUCUGGUGGCUAUCCAGAUGGGUGUUCAAGGACAGAUUCAGACAUUCGGGGCAGAAACGUAGCCGGGAACAGAAUCUACGCCGGGGCUUCGGCUUGGCGAGGUGUCAGUGGAUUGGGGGUAGGCAUCGGAGCGGUGUUCAGGCUCUUGCUGGGAGGUUGGAGGACGUUGUCGAGUUGGUGGUGAGUGUGCUGGUUUGGUGGAGUAGACGGGAUGAUUGGGAGGGACAUGACGAAGAGGAUGGCGAGUAG